UCCGUGUAUCGUCGUUUACGUGAUGGUGGUGGUAUCGAUAAGGUUGUAAACCUGUGGCAUUAAUUGGAACAAAAUGUUGGCACCAAAUCACACGCGCGAGACACCUUCUCUUCUUCUUCUUCCACAACCGUCGGGUCUUCCUCCCGAGCCCGUCAACAUCCUCCUCCGUCGCCGCCACCUCCUCAGCACCACUGCAUUCACCAUUUCCUUCAAUUUCAAUGUCUCUUUCACAACCUCCCUCUCCGUAUCAGACCCGGUCGCCAGCGCCACCGGCCUCUUCCAAAUGCCCCCGCCUCGCCUCCUCAACCGGUAUUUUAUGGUGAGAGCUGGUGAGUCUGAGUUCGAGAGCAUGGGAAUUAUCAACACCAACCCGGUGGCUAAGACUUCUGUGGAUAACGGAUUGUCUGAAAGAGGGAAGAAACAGGCUAUUAAAGCAGCUUUUGAUUUGAAAGAAAUGGGAGCAUGUGACAAGGGCUGUUGGAUCUGGCCUGCUAUAACUCAGAGAGCUUACCAGACUGCUGAGAUCAUUGCUUCUGUUAAUGGAGUUACCCGUAGUUAUAUAGUCCCAGAAUACAGCUUUCUCGAUGCCCGUGGAUUGGGUGCUUAUGAAGGGAAAAAUUUGGAAUCUGUUUCAGAAGUGUAUGCGUCAGAUGGUGUAUCUCCAAACAUCAAACCUCCUCCCAUUGAUGACGGGACUCCGAAUGAGAGUGUUGCGGAUGUUUUUGUUCGUGUGACACAGCUCAUGUCAAUUCUUGAAACUCAGUAUUCUGGUGACACGGUUAUUAUAGUCUCGCCAGAUUCUGACAACUUGACAAUCCUUCAGGCUGGUUUGAUAGGACUUGACCUGCGAAGGCACAGGGAUCUGUCUUUUGCACCUGGUGAAGUCCGCUUUGUUGAUCCCAAUGACAUUCCUACAUAUAAACAGCCUGCAUCUGCUGUAUAUAAAUGUUCCAAGAACCCACCAAAUUGUAACUAACUGUUUUCUUUCUCGUUAUAGCAGGAAUGUGGAUAUUGGAUAACAGUUCAAGUUCUUCUGAUGUCUAAUUAUAAAGUAAAAAAACCUAUUAUCCUAAUUCAAACUAAAGAUAAUUAGAUGAAUGUGAGUUCAUAAAUCUUAAGUGAAAGCCUAAAGAUCAGUUUGGGUUUUGUAUGA